UUGCGGAAAUCCAAAUAUUUACAAGAAGCAAAUUCAAUUCCACCAAAUAUGGCCUCUCUCAAUAACUAUAACUACCCAUAUUUUUCCCCUCCACCCCCAACCCACCCCAUUACUCCACCACCACCUCCUCAUGUCAUUCCACUGCCACCGGCCCACCCGGUCAGCCCGCCACCACCACCGGUCCACCCGGUCUACCCAUCACCGCCUCCGCCCCAUUUUCCACCACCACAUCCACACCCCAUCAUUCCACCACCACCCCAUGUCCUCCCACCACCACCGCCAUCACCACAUCAUCAUACAAUCAUCAUCAUAAUAGUGGUAUCAUGCGGCGGCCUUUUUCUCCUCGCAUGCGCUUUCGCAGCCCUUUGUUGCUUCUUGAAGAAGAAGAAGAAGAAGAGCGUCGAGAAAACCGAGAUCAUCGACAUUGAUGAACAUUUGAAGGUGAAGGAAGCCAUUGUUCAAGGGCCUCAUGGAACUAAAACUGUGGUCCUUUCAGUUGAUGAUGAUGUUCAUAUUAAUGAAAUGGAUAUCAUCAAGGAGAAAACUAAAAGUUUAAGUGGUGAACAACAGCAAAAGAUGCAUGCAAUUGCGAAAAAUGAAGAAAUCACUCCAAGUGAUCUUGAAGAAGGGACAGCUUCUUCUUCUGGUCUAAACCCUAAUCAUCAUUCCAAGCAAAAUUCCUGAUGGAAUUAUGGUUCCAUGAGAGAUUACAAAAGCUUUCCAAAAAAUCAUUUCCAGAAGUUCUUGAAUUUGACUUAUCGUAAUUCUUUAAUUGUUUUUCAAUUUGAUGGCAGAAUGUUUAUCAUUCUUGUAAUUGAUGUCAAAUAAGCAACACCAUGAGUUGACAUUAUUGUACUGUUACCUGACAAAAACCAAUAUUAAUUCUUCCUAUUAUUAGAGUCUUCAUAGUAUAAAUUUAUCUAUACUUAUCUUGGUACAAUUUAUAUGCAAGCAUUACUAUAUUGAAACUAUUUAAAUUGAUCUAAUAUAUACUUAUUACUGAUUCUCAUGCACGAU